AUGCAGUACGUUUUCAAGUGGGGAAUAGGCAACAAGUUUCGCUCGGAUCCGGAGAACAGGUUCCACCCUGUGCACCUAAGUCGCGCCAAAGAAGUGACCAUCAGAAAGGACUACUUCGACGCAGUGAAUGAAAAUAUAAAAUACGAACCACUCAAUGAGCAGUGGGAAGUGUUCUGGUUUGAAAAUGACAAAUUGAAUGCGAAGCCUUUCCCCAUUAAGAAGUACGGCAUAGAAUCAGCCAAGAGGGAGGCCAUCAAAUUUUACGAAUCGUUAAAGCAAAACAAUCGCAUGAAGGACAGGCCCCACUACGAAUCCGGCGUGGAAGGGGUCCACUACGAUGUCGUAACCAACUGCUGGGUGGCAUUCUACCGGCAGAGGAACUUCCCCGUGUGCAGGUCCUUUUCAGCGGAGUACCACGGGUUCGAAACGGCCAAGAAGAUGGCCAUAGAGAGGGUGAAGAAGUGCAGGGAGUGA